GAAUUCUCCAUUCGCCAUAUGGCAGAGGCGUUUGAGUGGCCGCCAGAAGGUGGUGGAACAUGGGAAGCCCAGGAGGGCAUCAGCACCCUGAUUGACGCUUGCGCAAACUCUACGGAAGAGCAGGUUGGGGCCUGCCUGAAGAUUUGGCAGGGCCACGAAGAUUUUUGGAGGCCUGUGCCGGUAGUGCCGGAGGCUGUGGAGGAGGUGCAGAGCGAUAGCCACACCUGUGAUGUGGCACUCCGCAAGAUUGUCACAAGGGCUUUGGCAGAUGUGCCCAAGGAGCACAGCCAGCUAAAGUCCACCUUGGCGAAGAAGUGGGGCGCCAAGAAGGCUGAGAUGUCGAAAAAAGUUGCCAAGACCAGCGAACAAGGAGGUUCAGCCAGCGAGUUGAUACAAGAGGCUGAGGUGUCCUUCUUACAGUCCUGCAUCUCCGACCUACAAGAGGCUUUACAAUCUAGUGCAACCUGA